AUGGCUUUUGUUCUUGAUGAUUAUGAUGAAAUUUGUUGUACUUCGAUGGCUAGAAAUACGAAUGUUAGCUGUAUGACGUCAAAAAUUAUUAAGGGUUAUGUUGAUGAUGAUUUUGAAAAAUACCGUCCCGAAAAUUGGUCCGGUGGAACUGCUGAGGAACAACAACAACUAUAUGAACAUAUGUUGAUGUAUAUUGUACAGCGAGAUCUACAACCUAAAUGGGGUGAAAGCGUAAUUGAUGAUAAAACGUGGCAUACGCAGGGUGUUGAAAUUAUGUUGGAUUACGCACAUUUUUAUGCGGGGGAUCUUUAUUCGGAUAUAAUGAUAUUUUACGGUAUUAACGAUAUUAAAGGGGAUGAAAUAUACAAUAGAUUAGGAUAUUGUCAUAACGAGAAUAUAGUACAAAAGUUAUACG